AAAAGAAGAAAAGAGAACGAGCAAGCAUGAAGUGUGACAAAGCAAGGAGAAAUAAUCAAGUGAAAUAUUUGAGAGAGAGAAACAUAUCUGAACAACGAAGAAAAUCCUGAAAGGGAAAAUAGGCGAAAGUUAAAUAAACGAGAAAAAAUGAUGUGCUUAGAAAAGCAUUCCAAAUGUUCGACACCACCAAAUGCGGCUUUAUAGACACUUGCAAGAUCUCGACAAUUCUGAACACGAUGGGCCAGCUGUUCGAAGACGCAGAGCUCAGCCGGAUCAUCGAGGAGGUCGACGUCGAAGGUAGCGGGAAAGUGAAUUUCGACGGUUUCUGCGAGGUGGCCGCUCACUUCUUAGAAGAGGAGGACGCCGAGGCAAUGCAAGAAGAGCUUAAAGAAGCUUUUCGCCUUUACGACCGAGAAGGCAAUGGAUACAUCACGACGGCUACCCUCCGGGAAAUCCUGGCUGCUUUGGACGACAAGCUGAACAACGAGGACCUCGACGGAAUCAUCCAGGAAAUCGACACAGACGGAUCCGGCACCGUGGACUUUGACGAAUUCAUGGAGAUGAUGACUGGAGAAUAAAAGUAAUGAUAACGAAUUAUGAAUACUUACUACUUCUCGCUUAAAUUUAAAUAAAUGAAAAUGAUCAUAAUUGUAUAAUUGAAAUUUUGGCAUUGAUGUAUUUGCGAUACAAAAAAGUGAGUGUUACACCAACUGAAUAUUGCCAAUAAACGUAUAUUUUUUCA